AUGAAUGCUCUUAUUCUGAAAAGUGUGACAUUCUAUGUACAAAUGGCUUUAGAAAUAAAAUUAUUUGUAGUUCUUUACAAACAUUUUUCACCCUGUCUUUUUAACUGCGUCGGUUUUUCAAUUUUUCUGUUUUAUCUCAGGGACCAAGAAAACCAGACUACUUCAGUGACCUUCAUCCUCUUGGAUUUCUCAGAAUACCCGGACCUCCAGGUGCCUCUGUUCCUCCUCUUCCUGACCAUAUACUCAGUCACGGUACUGGGAAACCUGGGCACGAUUGCCAUCAUCAGGGUCAACACAAAGAUUCGCAAUACCCCCAUGUACUUUUUCCUUGCUCACCUGUCCUUCGUGGACUUCUGUUACUCCACUGUUGUGACACCCAAACUGUUAGAGAACUUGAUUUUAGAGGACAGAACCAUCUCCUUCGCAGGCUGCAUCAUGCAGUUCUUCUUUGCAUGUACAUUUGUGGUGACAGAAACCUACAUGUUGGCAGUGAUGGCCUACGACCUAUUUGUUGCAGCGUGUAAUCUUCGCUACACGGUUGCCGUGUCCCCCGAACUGUGUUCCUUUUUAGUGGGCGCAUCAUACUCUUGGGGUCUAAUAUGUUCCACAACACUUAUUUACUUUUCGCUGAGAUUAUCCUUUCAAGGAGUUAAUAUUUUAAAUAACUUUGUGUGUGAGCAUGCUGCUAUUGUGGCUGUUUCCCAUUCUGACCCUUACAUUAGCCAGGAGAUUGUUUCUGUUUCUGCUACAUUUAAUGAAAUGAGCAGCCUGAUCAUCAUUCUCACGUCCUGUAUUUUCGUCUUCAUCGCUGCCAUGAAGAUGCCUUCCACUGGGGGCCGUAGAAAAGCCUUCUCUACGUGUGCCUCUCAUCUGACUGCCAUAAUGAUUUUCCACGGAACAAUUCUUUUUCUCUACUGUGUACCAAACACAAAGAGCUCAUGGCUCAUGGUCAAGGUGGCCUCAGUGUUCUACACCGUCUUCAUCCCCAUGUUAAAUCCCCUGAUCUAUAGUCUCAGGAAUAAAGACGUCAAAGAGACCAUCAGGAAAUUAUCUUCCUCACAGUCUCCUUUACAUCCUUAUUUCUUAGACUGUAAAUAA